GGAAGCCAGGCAAUCGUCCAACAGUAUCCAGAAAGCCAAAUGAUUCAUCCCAAGAGGCAGGUUCACCACAUCUUUGCAAGAGUAUCAUAGAUGCAAUUAUGUUAGGUCCUUUUCGCAAGACAUAUGUCUUCAGCGGUCAGUAUGUUUGGACAGUGUCUGACACUACUGGCUACAACACACCCAUCCUGAUCUCUGUGCUGUGGAAGGAUCUGCCAGGGAGCCUCAAUGCAGCUGUGUACUCUCAGAGGACUAACAAGUCCUACUUCCUGAAAGGAGACAAAGUGUGGAGGUAUACCAGAUUCAAACUUGACGUUGGCUUUCCGAAACACUUGGCCAGCAUUCCUUCUAAUGUUGAUUCAGCCUUUUACUUCAACCGGAACAACAAAGUGAUCUUCUUCAAAGGUUCUCAGUAUUGGCAGUGGGAUGAAGCUGGGGCAACGGACUCCAGGACGUAUCCCAAACCGAUAUCACAUCUCUUCUCUGGGGUACCCUACAACCUGGAUGCAGCCUUCACAUGGACAAACGGCCAUAUAUACAUUUUCAAAGGGAACCAGUACUGGCGCAUCAACAACAACCAAGUUGUGGAUAAGGGCUACCCUCUCAGAACGAGUGAAAAAUGGAUGCAAUGUGAUAAAUAGGCCUUUAGAGAUCAGUGGUGUUUUAUUUCAAACUCACCUUUAUUCACCAAGUACAUUUACACACACCUAUAAUCAUUUGCCUUAGUGAGAAGGUGCUGCCAGUGAUAGACAAUAUACAAACAGAAUACAGACACUAGUCCACAUAGACAUCAUACAGAAUAUACAAUAUCGGAGCAGUAAACAUAAAACAUAAAACUCUGGUGCAUAGGCUGAUUACAGUGGAGAUGUAUCAUUUACAGAGGGGAUAUAUCUAUAUAAGCAGAGCGAGGGAUGAUGCCGUGGCAAAUGUAUACAGUGUUGUACAUAGUGCAGAUUAGUAUUUGAGGUCAUUGGUGACAAGUUGUAGUAAUCGGUCCAAUGCAAAGUCACUUAAUCCCUAUGAGCCCGAUGGCCGGUUGAUGAGGGCCACAGCAUGGGGAAGAAGCUGUUGAGACCGGACAAUGCGUUGCAGUUUGCCCUGGCCCUUUCCUCUCCAUUUCUAAAGUAAGACGUCAGCCUCCAGAACCAAAUUGUCACUCCAAUAUCACUACGGUAUGAAAGUCCCGCCUACUUCCUGGAUCAUGUCCCACCGUUUUUGAAUGGCCUUCAAGAUUACAUCGUCAAAUUCAUGAAAAUGCGGUCGUUUAAGAUACAGUUGAAGUUGGAAGUUUACAUACACCUUAGCCAAAUACAUUUAAACUCAGUUUUUCACAAUUCCUGA